UUCUACAUUUUGCAGGAAUGUGGUGAUGACUCGGGGGUCUGAGGAGCAGAAGAUCGACCACCAGAUCGCCCUCCCAAACAUUCGUAAUUACCCCGACAAUUCAGCGCCGAUGGAAUCCGAAAACCACAAGGACGAUGACGAUGACGACGACGAGCGGCUAGACGUGGUGGGCACGACGGACUCCCACAGCGACGCGCCGCACGAGCUGAUGGACUCGGACGUGUCCGGCGAGGAGACGAACAACAACGCCGCCGAUGACUCUGGUCGAGACUCGGUCAAGCGGAAGAGUGAUCUAGAUUCCGACAUGGACGACCCCGGGUCGCUGGCGGCGUUAAAAAAGGCGGCGCCGGAGAAGGACGAGCCCUCCAGUUCGAGCGGCGCGGACCCCACGCCCAACAUCAGCGUGGGUCCGCCCUUCCAGCCCCCGCACCUGCUGCCCUACCUCUACCACCACGGUCUCUACCCGACCGCUCAGGGUCUAGCGGGGCUGCCGGGCCUCAUGCUACCCGGCUCUGGUGCGGGUCUGGGCCCUCACGGCCUGCAGCUGCCUUUACUGGGGUCUGGAGCGGGCCCACAUCACGGCUCGUCUCCGCUGUCUCCGCCCACAUCUCUACCCGUGGCCCACAACCUCCUGCUGGCCCACAACCUACUGGCGGGUGCGGGCCAUCACCUGCUGGGGUCCCACGCCUACCAGGGUCUGGCGGGUCUGACUGUGUCUUCUGCGGGCGGCAGCGGCUCCCUCAGCGCAGCACCGCCCACCUCCUCCUCACCGGCUGCGCCCUCACCUCUCCUCCCGGAUCGGCUGAAGCCGCCUCGCUUCACCCCCUACCUGCCCUCCUCCACCGCCGCCUCCCUCUCCUCCAUGUUGUCGUCGUCGUUGUCCUCGUCGUUGUCCUCGUCAUGCCUCACGCCCACACUCUCCUCCUCCUUGCUAGGCGAAACUCCGCUGGGUGGAUCCUCAGCAUUCCAGGCGGUGAGUCCCAAAGCGGCGUCGCGUCUGGAAGAGGGCGUGCGCCGCUCCGCCGCCCACGCCGCCUCCGUCGCCCACGCCGCCUCCGUCGCUUCUGAACUCAAGUCGAUCGAGAAAAUGGUGAAUGGCUUAGACCGUCGUCCUGACUUAUCAGAUUCACUUAAAAUGUCCGACAAAUGAGGGCGGGCCCCCAGGGCCGCUUCUGGUCACCUGCACACCCACCUGGUGGCCGUCCAUGCCCUUAGUGGCGGCUCCGUCUGCUCCUCGAACCCACUUUAGCCCCUAAUUUCUGCGCCGGUUCGGGACCUGGGGGAAAACACACCCUCAGGGUGCCUGCCGGUACUCCAGUGAACAAUAGAAGCGGACGGGAGCCCGGACGACCCCCAGGUCAAGCUCAGGGUAACCUAGAUGAGCGUCAGCAGAGUCCCAGGGUCUGCUCCUGGGCUGGCCACUGGGGCGGCCCUCCCUGCUUAUCGCUACCAGUGCAAAUAAAGACACGGGACACCUCUAAGGCGUGCACAAAAACCCAGUUCCGCGCCGCGUCAACAGUGUGUGUCGUAUAUUGCACGUGUAUAUAGUCCGUAAAACUACUUGUUAGUAGAGCGUAUACCAAAGAGCGGACCGACAGCAGCUGUUUUGCGGGUGCGUGCGUGUGCGUGUGUGUGCGUGUGCGUGUGUGAGUGUGUAUGUGUACCAUGGUUCAGUUGUGAGUACAGUGUCGUGUGUACAGAUGGAUUAGAACAUAGAGACAUGGCAGCGCUCAGUUGAGAACAAAAAUGACUUUUAGAAACAUUUUCAAAUCCACGUUAAGGGUUGAUCAAUGUUUAACCCUCUGAGUGUUGGUGUGACGGUGGUCUUCCUAGACAUUGAAAAUGCCGUAAACGGAGACCAGUUCUCUCCCAGGAGUGACUAGCUCUGCGGAAGACGAGAGUGUGUGUGUGCCCGGAGUCUCCAGUGCGCACCUGACCGGGCGAGAUGCGUAAAAGAGGAACUAGCUGGGCUCUCGACUGAUGCCGAGAAGCGUGUGUGUAACCUGAGCCCGUCUUACCUCAUAGCCGCUACCUGACGGCCGGUGGCACGCAGGAGUAGCGGCCUCUCGAGGAAUUCGUGAACUAACCGUUAUUAAAUAAAAAACAAAAAUCCAGUGAACUCUACUUAAGGUAGUUUUGCCAGUGCGCCGCUAUAAGGCACUGGCUCGACCCCAGUGGCGGGGUGUAAUGGAAAUAUUAUGGUGCUUUGUUUUCUCUGGGUGUCUUCUUGUUUUCAGUUUAAUAAACAUGCCUACAAUGACCUGAAACAAUACCUAUAAUGAAUAUCUUGAGUAUUUGAAGGAGUGAAGAAGGUACGAGAGUGGAGAGAUGCCUGGCGUCCUCACAAUGUCCCACAACCCUCCUCCAAGAUGCCUGGGAUCGUCUCAAGCACAAGCUGUUGUUUUUUUUAUAUUUUUUUUAGUUUUUUACAAGAUGGCAGGAAAGUGAUUGUUUAUGGUAUAUGAAUCCUUCAAUAUAUGUCGUACCUAAUAGCCAGAACUGCUUACUUGGCUUAGUAAGCAAGGCCCGAUUUGUCUAACAGGCAGAACGAUUUUCGUUAUCUUCAAAUACAUGUAUUUCCUUUCAAAUUGGCUCUCUAAUAGCAAUAUUAAUAUAUUAGAAACAUGAAUUACUGACAAUUAUUUUAGAUUAAGUAAGGUUAGCAUAGGUUAGGUUUGACCAAAUUUCUGUUAGUUUUGACUUAAAGUAAAAAUAAAAAUAACUCAAAUCAUAUAUAAUGUAAUGGAAAGCUUUGUCAGUUCAUGAAAACACUUUGAGAAAUAUAAUAUUAUAGGAAAAUUCGCCUUGUUAGGCAAAUUGGCUUAUUAGGUACAACACACACACACACACACA